AUGUUGUCUCUUGCACUCCUUGUUCUAAGUUCGCUCCUUAGCCUCACGGAAGCCCAGUCCAAACCUAUCUCAAAGAAUGCACGCUGUGGUAGCGCAUACAGAGGCCAGACGUGUCAGGGAUCAACUUUCGGAAACUGCUGUUCCACUUAUGGAUACUGCGGGAGUACCAGUGACUACUGUGCGCCGCAAAAAUGCCAAAAGGACUUCGGCUCAUGCAAUGGAGCGCAGGUGUCUUCUGUCCGUGGAACCACUCUGAGCUCUGUCAUCGUUCCUGCGAAUCCUAGUCUUGCGUCUGCUGUUCGAGAGACGGUAACGGUCACUUCUACUUUGACACCUCCGGGUCAGAGAAUUGUCACUGUUACUUUGACGCCGUCGGCGGUCCCUGCGGUCACCGUUACCUCAACUCAAUCAGGAGCAGCUGCAAUUACUGUUACCUCGACUCAAUCAGCUGCACCUGCAAUCACUAUUACCCUGACGCCUUCAGCUGCUCAAAUCGUGACAGUCGUUGGAACGCCAUCUCUCCUCCCGGCGUCUACGAUUACUGUCCUCGAAACUCUAGCUCCUCUAGCCGCGUCGACAAUUACGGUCGUUACAACCGCGGCUCCUCUGCCUGCGUCGACGGUCCUUCAGACUGUUGUUGAGACUCUACCUCCUCUGGCGGCGUCCACAAUUACUGUCGUUACAACUGCAGCGCCUCUGGCACCUUUGACUGUUACCAGCACUGAAACUGCGCCUCCACUAGCAGCGUCUACAGUCACCCUUAUUGAGACUGCGCCUCCUCUGGCACCUCUGACUGUCACUAGCAUUGAAACCGCACCUCCAUUGGCUGCAUCAACAAUUACGGUCAUCGAAACCCCUGCUCCAUUGGCAGCAUCAACAGUCACUGUUGUUGAAACGCCGUCUCCUUCAACACUGACCGUUAUUCAAUCUGCAACCCCACUUGCAGCAUCGACAAUUACCUUGACCGAAACUCCUUCCCCCUUGGCAGCAUCAACGGUCACUGUUGUUGAGUCUGCAACCCCUCUAGCAGCAUCAACCAUCACCGAAACCGCAACGAUCUCGGCGACUCCUCUACCUGGAGUGAUCACGACCAGCACAGUCACCGCAAGCGCUGCUGCUACUUGUCCGACCGGCAAUGUCGUUGUCAAUGGGGACUUUGAGCAAUCUCUGACUGGUAACUGGAUUACGCUACCCGCAGGAGACAGCACACUCGAACGUACCGCUGGCAGUUCCGCUCCAGGAGGAACAUACGGUUUCCGAUCCCGCAUCGGAAGCACCAACAGCAACUUCCCCCAGCGACUUGUUCAGGCCGUGACUCUGUGCCCCGGGGUUAAGUAUCAAGCCUCUUUCUCAGCAAGGCGCGCCACGAGUGCUGGACAAGUCAGCGUACUUCUUUACCUCGGCGACUCUCAACUUGCUGGAGGAGUCAUCACAUCAACGACCUUUGCUCUGCUGUCAUCUGCAACUUUCAUCGCACCUGCCUCCAUGUCUGCUGCGCUCCUUAGGUUUGAGUUUGGAUAUCAAGGAGCAGUUGGCUCCACCAAGGAGAUCCAAAUCGACUCAGUUGUUCUGACAAAAGUUUCAUAA